CACAGUCACAGGCCAAGGGCACGACGCGACGACGUAACCUCCGCUGCGUCUCUCUUCCUCUACCUCUCUCGCUUUGGCUCGCUCUCAAAGCCUGUGUUUGAUGGGAAGCAACCGGGCCGUUGAAGUGUGUGGAAUAUAAUCGAAAGCGAUCAAGUUCAGGUUCUUUUCAACGAAGUUGUUCUAUCAUGGGUGAUUUCACGGUUUCCAUUAGUGCCAAGCUUGUUGAGCAGCUCAUCGAUGAUGGUAAGAAGUCCAAGAAGAAACCUAAGAAAGUCAAACCUAAAAUACCAAGAGAACCUCUAAAGCCCCAAUCAAAGGUAAAGGGCGAACAGAUUUCUGAUGCUUCGGAAGUGCACAAGGGAACUGCUUCUACAGGAUGGCCACUUCAACCACCAGUGUUUCUGCCAGUCACCCCACCUGCACCCCCUGCGAAUGCUGAGUUAGAGACAAUUCGAUCUGCCAUUCAAGAAGGUGAAAAGGUGUUGGAUAAGUUGCAGACGCAGGAGGAAACCUUGGCAAAAGAAGUGACUCAGAGAGCUAAAGAUCUCCGUGAUAAGGAGUUCAAGCUCCCAUACCAGAAGCCAAUUCCUUGUAUUGUUGAAAUUGAUGCUUGCAAGGCAUGCUACAAGGAGAAUGUUAAGAAUCCAUUGAAAUGUGCACCUCUGAUACAAACUUUUGCUGAUUGUGCUCGCAGAGUUAGGCAGCAAGUGAGUUCAGCAGAUAAAUCGUAGACUUUGCAAGUCGGAAAUUCUGGGUUAUACAUGCACAAGUCAAAUUACCCUUCUGAGAGAAAUUUUUUCCUCACAACCAAACCAAAUGGUAUCUGUUAUCACCAUUAUUGUACUUCAUGCUGUGUUCUAUUCGUGUCGUCCAAGUUUUUUCCUCAGAUUAAUUUUUCACUAUGCUUCAUGGGUAAACUGUCUUACUUCAUUAGUAUAAGCUGUCAUAGUGGCAUAACAUUCUGCAACCGAACUUUCAAAAGCUUGAAUAUGGCCUUUGUUAUUUGAUGUUGAAGAACAUGCCUUCAGCCUAUUUUGAAAUGCUGUGUUAACUUACCACUGA